AUGUCGCACGACGAAGACUCCGUCGCCGCACAGCUCACCGCGCUCGAUAUCGGGAACCUCUACCAAUCGAUCGACAAGUCCAAUGUGCACGGCCUGAACCUCACCGUACCGGAGGACGCCCAGGCGCUGAUAAAGUCCUGGGACGAGCGAGAAGACACCUCCCAUUUCGCUGAGUCCGGUGUCGACGAUCAAAUCAUCAUACACGUCCCUUUCACACAGAACGUCCGUCUACGCUCCCUUCUUCUUAAGACAGGCCGCGGCGAGCUCACGCCCGGGCGGUUGCGCUUAUACGCCAACCGGACGAACAUCGUCGACUUCGCCGAAGCCGAGGACGGCGCCACGCCGCAGCUCGACAUCGCCCUGCUCGAGGGCGAGACUCAGGUGACGGAGUACCCGCUCCGCGCGGCCUCGUUCGCCAACGUGCACUCGCUGUCCCUCUUCUUCAGCGACGCGAUCGGUGGCGACCAGCUCCGGCUGUACUUCAUCGGCUUCCGCGGCGACAGCCGCUCACAGCGCAAGGAGGGCACGUCCAAGCUCGAGAUCCCGGCUGCUGUCGCGCCCGAUGCGAAGCUCAUCGAUCGCCUGCAAGAGAAGAGCGGAGGGCAGCAGACGACGGCGCGGUAG